CCCCAGGAACAACAGUAUCCAAGAGAGGCGAAACGGGACGAACCACUUACCCCUCGACGGCAAACCAAGCACCUCUUCCCGCUUCCGCGAUCUCUUCCUUCUCGAAUCCCUCUUUCUCUCUUCUUUUCCUCUAAAUUCUAAUCCUUCUCUCUUGCUGUGGUCAUGGCGUUGUUUUCCUCCCGAAGCGUCCUUGGCGGUGGUCUUCAACUGAUCUUCGCCUUCUUCCUUGCCAUGAUUCUUGUUCCCUCAGUCAGAUCAGAAGUAUCAGAUACAGUUUCCUUUAAGCGGUCCUCUAUUUUACCAAACCAAAGAGAUGCCAAAGGAUAUAGGCGUCUGCAAGAUUGUCAGAACUGCCAGAGCGAACAGGGACAUGGUUUCAGGACAGGCAGUCCGGCUGGACGACUUGACUCCCACGAACUAGAUGAGGGUGUUGAUAUAACUGUAACAUACAUAGAUUUUUUGGGUAAACUUCAAACAUUCAAGGUCAACUCAAGAAACCUGUCUUCUUCCUGGGUGUGGGAGAGUUCUUUUGGUGCAAACCACACACAAGCAAUGGUUGGACUGAGGCAAGAAGGGUCACCUCAAAAAAUUGCGAGUGGGAUACAAGACAAUGCUCAACCUUCUACCGAUCAAAAUCAACAAGCCACCCCUAUUAUCCCAGUGAAGCUUAAACGGCAGCAAUUACGACAGAAAAGAAAGGAAAUGCGAACUCAAGAGCUAAUUAACAUGAGCAAAGAAACUGAACUAGAGAUGCAAAGAGCAGCCAUUGAACGUACAAAGCAGUUUAAUAACACUGUCAGGGGAAAAUACAACAUAUGGAGGAAAGAAUAUAACAGCCCUCACUCAGAUUCCACUUUGAAACUAUUGAAAGAUCAGAUUAUCAUGGCCAAGGUGUAUGCUAGCAUUGCCCGUUCCAAGAAUGUAUUUGAUCUUUAUGAUUCCUUGAUGAGACACAUCAAAGAUAGCCGACAUGCUAUUGGAGAUGCAAAUUCAGAUACCGAUCUGCAUGAAAGUGCUCUUGAACAAGCGAAAGCAAUGGGCCAUGCUUUAUCUGUGGCCAGGGACAUGCUACUUGACACUGAUGUAGUGGCAAGAAAGUUACGGACCAUGGUCCAGUCUGCAGAUGAAAGCAUGAAUGCUGUGAAGAAACACAACACAUUCUUAGUCCAGCAUGCUGCAAAGACUAUCCCUAAACCCCUCCACUGCCUACCUUUACAGCUAACAACUGAUUACUUCUUGCACAACUAUACCAGCAAAGAACUAGCAGACAAGAACAAGCUUGAGGAUCCUUCCCUCUACCACUAUGCUAUAUUCUCUGAUAAUGUUCUUGCAACAGCUGUAGUUGUCAAUUCCACUGUGAUACAUGCCAAAGGACCAGAAAAACAUGUAUUUCAUAUAGUUACAGACAGACUGAACUUUGCAGCUAUGAGAAUGUGGUUCAUUGUCCAUCCUCCUUCACCGGCGACAAUUAAUGUGGAGAAUAUUGAUGAUUUCAAGUGGCUUAACUCUUCUUAUUGUUCAGUUCUUCGUCAACUUGAGUCAGCCAGGAUUAAAGAAUACUACUUCAAAGCAAAUCAUCCAUCAUCUCUUUCUGUUGGGAAUGAAAAUAUCAAAUAUAGGAAUCCCAAGUAUCUGUCUAUGCUUAACCAUCUAAGGUUCUACAUGCCAGAAGUGUACCCAAAGCUUGAUAAGAUACUUUUUCUUGAUGAUGAUGUUGUUGUUCAAAAGGAUCUGACACCACUCUGGUCUUUAGAUUUGAAGGGGAUGGUGAAUGGAGCAGUUGAGACGUGCAAAGAGAGCUUUCAUAGGUUUGAUACUUACCUCAAUUUCUCAAACCCAAAAAUCUCUGAAAAUUUUGAUCCACAAGCUUGUGGAUGGGCAUUUGGGAUGAACAUCUUUGACUUGAAGGAAUGGAAGAAGCGAAAUAUCACUGGAAUAUAUCAUUAUUGGCAAGACUUGAAUGAAGACAGGAAACUCUGGAAGCUUGGUUCACUGCCACCAGGUUUGAUAACAUUUUACAAUCUGACAUAUCCACUAGAGCGGAGUUGGCAUGUGCUAGGACUCGGCUAUGAUCCCGCUGUAAACCCUUCAGAGAUUGAGAAUGCAGCUGUCGUUCACUACAAUGGCAACUACAAGCCAUGGCUGGAUCUUGCUUUUACCAAGUACAAAUCAUACUGGUCCAAGUUUGUAAAGUUUGACAAUCCGUACAUUCAGCGCUGCUAUAUGGACUGAUGAAAUUAAACCAACUGAUAACAUUUUCUUUGAUUGAUGUAUUCAUAUUCUUUUCGGAGAGUAAGUCUGCCUCUGUCGAGCAGUUUGAUCCAGUAGUAUUGCAGAUCUCUUGAAGCACAUGCCUACAAUUUUGUAUUAAAUUAACUCAGCACAAUCAUGUUACAUGCAGUACAUAUUGUCUCAUAAUGUCUGUAUUUACAUGGGGAAAUUUCUCGA